CCUUCCCACAUUUUGACUUCCAGAAGUCUCUGUUGAAUGUGUGCUCCCUAGAAUGUCAGGGACAGGUGGAUGCUGUCUAGAAGUAGGUGUCAGCAACAUGUAGGGGCUGACACCUCAGGCUGCCACUCAGUGACACGGGGUUAUUAUGCUGUCAUGGGCCACCUGGAAUUCUCUCCCACCCCAUGAGAAGCAGCCCAUCAGGAAGUCCCACAACCAUUGUCUACCCAGGGCUAAUACUCGUGGUCCUACCCAUAUUCAAUGACUGUCCUGAGGGGCAGAGGACCCAUACAGUACCCAGAGCAAGGCAGUAGCUAGUUCAGGAUGGGUCCUGGGUGGUAGACCUACAGGCUACCAUGUGACUAUACUGUUAGACCUGGGCCCCCAGGUGGUGUGGCUCACCAUCCAUACCCUCCUGCCUCGGCUGCAAUGCCAACCCCGGCCAUGGGUGUGCUGCCCACCUCCCGAAGGGUAACCCUGCAGACCUGCCCCAGGGACAACCAGCAAGGAGGUCUCUACUCCCUCAAGGCCUCGGGGAGAAUGGCCAAUCAGAAGGCCAGCACCAACCCCAGGGAAGAAGUGUUCCAUUCACAUGAAGCCAAGGACAGCCUUCUGGCCACAUUGAGGUGGCCUAUGCUUUCUCAGCAGCUGGGUACUCUUUGGACAGUUCCCCAUGUGACCUGGUCUGACUAUAUCAAGGAGCCAGGCCCCUCCAUGAAGGCCUGCCACCUGCCCAUGUGGUCUCCAUGCUGGGACACCAGGGAUGCGAAUAGUUCAGUGUCAUCCGGCCGAAUCUCUGGUUCCUCAGGGGGGCAUGAAUCAUGCGCACUUUUCCAUGGGCCCUGGAAAGAAAGGCCACCCCUGGUGUUGGGGCCCCAGCGUCAGCCUAGGAAGAGUAACCCUCGUCUGGAGCAGUUGAGGGACAGGAUCCGAGCCCAGGCACAGAGGCAGGCUAGCUGUGCCUCCCUGGGUACCUCAGUCCCAUCUAGUGCCUCAUGCAUCUACAAGACCCCCUCGACAGUGCUACGGCGGAAGAACCCCAAGGGGACAAACGCUCCUCCAGUGCCUACUUGCCCAGGGUCAGGCAUUCUUCAUGCCACUGAACACAGAAACAAAGACAGGGUACCUCUCAGCCUGAGGCGGGAGCUCUCAAGGACUCCCCAGCACCAUACUUCAGUUCCAAGGACAAACAUCAAAAGGAUCAGAAGUGGUUCUUACAAAAGAGAGAUCCCAAAGUCAUCUGUCCCCCGCAGAACUGCCCAAGGCAGAGAUUCUGAGUUGACUGGUGUGUACGCCUGGAGGAAAGGACAAGCCUUGGUGAGGCGGCUGCUUGGGCCCCCUCCUGCCCUCUCCCGGCUCCAGAGCAAGGCCCCUGCCGCGGAAUUAGGCUCUGGCAAGAAAGCAGGAGCUGUUGGGGACUCACCUGCCCACACCUGGUUGCCUAAGCCUACCCGUGCCCACCGUGACCAGCAGGUUUCUGAGCACACACCCAGCCUGGCUAUCCAUGAUCAGUCAGCAACUAUCCAAGGCGCCAUGGAGAUCCUCCAGGACUUGCACCGGCAAAUCCAGGCUGGUCUGGAGCUUGCCAGGCGGCCCAGGAAGCUCUUGUCAUCAAAGCCACAGAACCCGGCAGGGAAGAGGCAGCAGGGGCCCCAGAGCACCUGGGACAUGCAGGGCCCCUUCUCAAAGAGUGCUUGGGCUGCGACAGAAGGGACGUGCUCUUCCUUGGAUAGGGCUAGAAACUUGCACAGCCAGCAACACAAGGAAGCAGUGGCUGAGCAGGAGUCUUGUCCACAGAGGGCCUGGACAGCACAGGGGCAAGACGCCUCCUUCCAGGGGCCUGGAAGCACCCCAGAAAAGCCAAGUCCCUUCUCACAGCGGCCCUGGAGUGCCCUUGCUUGGCAGACCUGCCCGCAGAGGGCCUGGGAAGCUCAGGGACAGGAUACCUCCUUCCAGAGGUCUGGGAGCCCUAUUAAAAAGCCAAGCCCCUUCUCAGAGCGCCCCUGGAGUGCUCUGGCUGGCCAGGCUUGCUCACAGAGGACUCACACAGCUUGCAAAGACUGGGAGGUGCCUGGGUCCAGUCCGUGGAGCUCUGUGGCCAGGCCACAGCCCGCUCUCCAGCAGCCCUGGAGUAGUUCUCCUGUGCAGAGAUCCAGUCUCCACAGCAAGGGCGAAUGUGUUGUCCCUCCUCUCUCAGAAGUCAAGCUAGCUUGGCCAGAGACUGCCCAGGGUUUCCCUCAGAGCAAACCAGCAAAGGAGCAGGACACACGGGAGAGCCCACCCUGCCCGAGGCCACUGCGGUCUCUGGGCCAGCCACAUAGCUCUGAGUCCUUGCGUGACUUCAUGCGUCAGAAGGCCCGGGCCCGUCGGCAGCAGGCGAUGGAGCAGAAGGCCUUGGCUGCACACGCGCUGGAGCUGCGGAACCAGAGGCUGCAGGAGGUGUAUCGGAAGCAGAGAGAGGCCAUCCUUGGCAAGGCCAUCCCUGUGGUCUCCCAGAGGAGCCCUGGCAUCGUCACCUUCGUUCCCAGCACCGUACAGUCUGGGGGCCUGGAAGCCCCCGGGAGUCUGGGGUCACCACUGAGGAAGUGGAGCAAGGUGACAUCUGGCAUGGUGCUUGGGGACCGAGAGGCUCCAGACAGCUUCUGUCUGUGUUUGAACAAACCAUGGAACCGUGCUGACACCCAGGACAUUGGACACCCCCCAGAAGGCGUGAGUGGUGUCCCUCUGCUACCCUCAACUGCUUCCUCCCCUGACCCCGUGAAGCUCCGGGACCCACCUGGGGGAUUCUGCAUCUACCUGGAUCCCCAGGACACUGAGCACCUGGGCCCAUCGGGCCUCCUGCACUUCCAGUACAAGCAGGCCCGGCUGCAGGCACUGGAGACCAUGGCCGAUGUCCUCAAGCAGCGUAUUGACAUCCUAACCACCAAGCUGCACAAGUCGACGUUCCCGGACACAGCCGGUGACCUGGCUCCGGACAUGCUGCCCUUGGGCCCCAGCACAGCACCUGUCACCCCCACUCUCACCCCUCCCUCUUACCUCAGAAGCUUAGUGUCUGAUGGGAGCAGAGGAACCCCCCAGGACUGGGUGGACAUGCAGGCCAAGCCCCUUCUCCCCAGCACCUACUUCCAGGAUGGCGAGGUGCUGCCGUGGAGUCCCAGCUGGGAGCCGCAGAGCUUGCACCUGGGGGCCCACGUUGAGAACCAGCUCCAAGGUCUGGUAUCCAGCACCGCUGCCUCAGUGUCUCAGGUCAUCCCUCACACUCAGCCUUGCCCGGCUGGCUCAUCAAGUCACGGGGCCCUUUCCAAAGGCGUCAUAGAGGAGAGACACCGGGAGCUAGAGAAGAAGCUGCAGAGAGAGAUGGCUACCCUCCAGACGCUCGGCGCCUGCAUGAGGAGCUCACUUGGGCUGCCAGCUGCACCAGACCCUGCCUGUGGCUCCCUUUGGCAGGAGGAGAUACCGGAAGCCAAAAAUUCAGGCUUGGUAACGCCCUGGACCACCCAGAGCUGCGGUCAGCAGGAGCCCAAGGGGCCACAUUCUGGAGGCCUGCAUGGAGGGCACCUGACCAAUUUCCAGCUGAAAUCUUUGAGCUUUCUCGAGUCACUGAAGCUGGACCAGCAGAAGCAGGACCAGGCACUGGCCCUUCUGCGGCAGCGGGCAGAGCAGGAGGUAUGGGAGACGCAGAUGGCACUGGAUGAACUUCUCUUCAAACACCAGCUCAAGCAGCGGAUGGAGAAACCCUCAGCCCAGCAAAGGCCAGAAAAGGCUACAAAGCUGGAACAGCAGUGGAUGUGUGGUGGCCUAGAGCCAAGCACAGUCUCUCUCAACACAGUGACAGCCAGAUCCAGAUCACCACCCUCUCCACAUAGAGACAACACCGGGUCCUCGAAGCAUCCUGAGGAAGCAAGGGCAGUUUCUGCAGCAGCAGCUGGACUCCGAGGCCUGGCCACCAAGGCCGUUUGCAGCAAAAGGGGCCUCCCUGAGCAGAAGGAAGGGAUACCUCCCCAGACAACUCCAGCUGCAGAUGAGCACCUGCAGCCUCGGAAGCUGAAGUGGGCAGAUAUGACUCCUGGGGCUGGAAGCCCACCUGUGGAGAGUAGACCUGACAACCAAGGACCUGGAAAACAGCCUUACGUCUCUCCCCCUGGUCUGCUGCACUCGAGCUCUCUGGACCCUGACCAUCAGAAACACCCAGCCUUUCCUAUCAUCAAGAAAGAUGGCAGCCCAGCCUCUCAGCUGAAGCCACAGGAGGCCAAGGAACCGCCUCCUCCAGGUAAUGCCCCGGAAACAGUCUGUGGGCCAUCCCUGUCUGGAUCUUUCCAGGAGCUUCCCCCACAUCCAGUGGACCCUGUCCAAGGCUGGUAUCCAGCGGUCAAGCAAGGACAGGGAGGUGUCCAGGGAAAAGUCGAAGAGGACGGAUGCGACCUACAGACCAAGCCCAGUGCAGCCUGGGCAGUGAGUGCAUCCUGGGCAGUGGAGAGACAGCCUACAGACAGCCGUGCUUGGAGCUUGCAUGGACAGUGUGGGCAGUCCCUAAGUGGAGAUGGUCCUUGUCCUGAGGAAGCCAGAGUGGCUGAAAACAGAACAAAUCAAGGGCUAGGUGUUUCCGGAAGCCCCAAGGGCGAACACCAGGGAGAGGCGCAUUGGCAGUCAGAGCAGCAAAGGUAUGGAGCAUGGGCAGGGAGAGAAGCCUGUCAACAGGAGAACCCAGACAUCCCCUCCACCCACCUGGAAACUGACCAGAAGGCUGCUUCCCCAGCAGCUCCUGUGGCCAGUGAGGAGGAGGCCCAGCCUGCCUGGCACCUAGACAGCCCUCCGUCCCAGCCUGCUGCCAUCUUGGACGUGUGUUCUGAGUCUGCUUCUAGUAGCUUCUCAGGGUCUUCAGAAGCUCCUGCCUUAUCCCUCACCCCUUCAGCGGGCUCAGCAAGCAGCCUUUCCUGUUCAUCUCUUCAGGAGUUUCAGAAGGCCACAGCCACCCUAGUCCAACUUUCUAACAGUUCCACAUCCCUGUCUAACUUGGAGGCUGAAGAUACUCUGCCUGCAGAUCCCAGUUGGUCUAGGGAGCUUUCUGCUCAUGAUUCCUGGGAGAAACGUGGCAUGCCUUCAUUCUGGGACCUCCAUCAGGGACUUCCUCAGCUGGAGGGGCUUCCUGAGGAUGUAGGUCAAGUGACCCUGCAGAGACUGGAAGGCAGUGAGGCCAGACUCCUGAGUGGCUUCUCUGGGGAGGCCGCUGUGGCAGGAAGCUCAGAGCCAGGGUACAACUUCACUCAGGCAGGCUGGCCAUUGUCGUUCCCACAUGCUUCUUCCCCAAGAUUGGGGUCCGAGUUGUCAGAGUCCUCCAGCCAAAUCUGGGAUGAGAACGGUGAGGAGAACCUUGAGGAACCCAGCCCUGGUGUUGAGCUACCCUCAAGAUGCUCCCUGCCUGCAAAUGAUUCUUUGGACCUGGAAGGCAGUGGAGGGCCCUAUACCACUCUUCCCUCCCCUAGGCUUGGGAAAGAACAAGAAGCUUCCAGAACCAGCAGGAGCCUGACUGGUGCAUCGAAUACAGGGGAAACCAGGCAGAUGUCCCCAGUGGCCACUUUAACAGUGUUCCCACCCCAGAUCCCUUCUAUCGGUGACUCGACUCUGCCACUGUCCUUUCCUUUGGACACUCCCACCUCUGGAAAGACAGGUCUCAGCAAAGCAAACAUGCCUACUGAGGCCUCAGCUGGCUACCAGGGGGAACCCCAGGAUGCUGAUACUAGUCCAUCCAUACAGAGGAAGUCCCUACAGGCCUUGCCUGAUCCUAAGGCUCCCGUGACCCUAAAGGCCCCUUCUGAGGACAGAGCUCCCCUUGUCACAGAAGUAGCCAGUCCGUCAUAUGUAGAUGGAUUCCUAACUGAAAUACUGUCUCCUGUGGAUGAGGAACUAUCUUACGGCAGUGGGGACCUUCCAUCCUCCAUCCACAGGGACACUCGCCUCCCUCUGCCACCUCCUUCUCCUCACGCAAAGAGUGACAUCAAUGAGCCCAACCCCAGCUCAGAAGACUUCCCUUCCCCGCCUGAGGAGGCCAUGUUUCCAGGUGACUCACUGGACACCCUAGGAGAGGAUACAUCCAUUACUGUUGAAGACAUGUCCUCCUUAUCUGAGGACGCUCUGGAGGAAGCCCUUUCCCUGGGGCCCCAGAAGUCAGGGCACUGCCUAGGAGCAUCUGGGCAAGAUGGAAGCCUGGAUGACUCAAGUUCAACAUCUCCCUUGAGUAAUUGGGUAGUCAGUGCCCCUGAGACAUCCCCAGGACUGCCAGCUCAGCCCCUGUGUCCAUCCCCAGUGGCUUGUGUGACCCGAAAGAACCUUGAGGCCGCAGGCAGUCAAGGUGGACCGUGGGAAGCAGCACAGUGUUUCAAGAGUGCAGAGCACCAGCCAGGAACAGAACACCUUUUAGACAGAAGAGUAGCCACAUCCUCCUCACCCUCCUGGUCUGCACCCUCUGAAAGCCCACCCCCGGGCCCUAGGCCCUCGGUGGCCGGUGGCCAGGCUGAAUCCCCCAAGCACACUAGUAAGAAGGAGAAGGAAGGCCAGAGCUGCUGGACAGAGGGCCAGCCCAAGCUCCAGGGUUUGUUGGACAGACAGGAGCUCUGUAGGAGAGACUUGGCUUUUGACCCUGCCUCUGGUACCUGUGUGGAUCUUCCAGGGACAGGAGAUGCUGGGCCAGUGGAUGUGGUGUCCACCCAGCUCAGCAGGAGGAUCUUGUGUGACUCUCUGGCUGCACUGUCAGGGUUGGCCCCUGGAGACAACCCCUAGGGGUGUGCUUCGAAAUGAUAGGAACGCAUAGACAUCUGACAUGUGA